AUGUCUCAAGGACUUUCCCAGUGGAUGUCCAACUCCGCCUCUCUCCGCUCACGCUCCCUUUUGAUCCUCCAAACUCUAAAGUCGUUGUUUCUUUCUGCUGUCUUUAUUAUUAUUUCUCUGAUCGCCCUCCGUCGCAUCUCGCUUUCUAGCCAAAGACCCAACCUAAAGACAAGAUCGCUUUUUCCAGACAAAGAAUUCGCGCAACAUCACCCAUAG